AUGCUGGCAUGGCAGGACAGCGGGGCCAAGGCGGCCCCCUCUCACCACAAGAUCUCCUUCUCGGUGCUGGAUAUCCUGGACCCACAGAAAUUCACGCGCGCUGCGCUCCCGGCCGUGCGUCUUGCUCCCCGGGAAACCAAGAAAAGUUUAGCGGAGGUCGAAGCAGGGAACAACGCCAGCCCGGGGGACCCGAUAGGAGAGCAGGAGACCCCUGAUGAUGCCGGCCCGGCGUCCCCGCUGGAGGGAUCGGAGGCGGAGGACGCGGAGGAGCGAGCGCGGCCGCCCGGGCGCGAGAGGACUGCGCGCUCCCCGGAGGCCCGGGCCGUGGUGUCGGGGACGGUGGCGGCGGCGGCGGCGGCGGCGGCGGCGGGGGACGGCGACGGCGGUGUCGCCAGCUGCCCGGGCUCGCCCGGCUCCCCGCGGCCCCGGCGUCGGCGCGCGGAGCCCAGCGGCGGCGGCGGCGGCGGCGGCAAGCCCCGGCGCGCGCGCACCGCCUUCACCUACGAGCAGCUGGUGGCCCUGGAGAGCAAGUUCCGCGCCACGCGCUACCUGUCGGUGUGCGAGCGCCUGAACCUGGCGCUGUCGCUCAGCCUCACCGAGACGCAGGUCAAGAUCUGGUUCCAGAACCGCAGAACCAAGUGGAAGAAGCAGAACCCGGGCGCCGACGGCGCGGGGCCGGCGGGGGGCGGCACCACCCCGCAGCCCGGGGCGCACGGCGCGCUGCCCGCGGCUCCCGGAAGCAGCCCCGGCGCGCCGGGCCCCGCCGCCGCCGCUCUGUCCUUCCAGACUUUCCCAUCCUACGCCGCCACCAACGUCCUCUUCCCCGCCGCCUUCCCGCUGCCAGCCUCGGCUCCCGGGAGCCCCUUCGCGCCCUUCCUCGGACCCUCCUAUUUGACCCCCUUCUACGCGCCGCACCUCGGGACCGGGAUCCCCGAGUGA